UAAAAACAUAUUUUGUGAUUACUAGUUUAGGUACUCAAUCCUCAGUGAACAAUGAUCUGGAUGCCGGAUGUUUUUCAUGGCAGUGAAGUUUACCCGGAUACGUCCCACCUCUUUUAUCCAAUGGUUUUCUCAGUUAUUGUCACUUUUUUCAGAUCUUUUGUCGAAAGAUAUGUUUGGGAGCCAUUGGGAAUCCGCAAUGGCAUCAAAUCUAGCAAAUCGACUGAAGAGCAACAUCAACCAUCAGAGCUGCAAUACUUUAAAGAAUGCGGUUGGCGUUUCGUUUAUCAUACCACUUUAUUCGCCAUUGGUAUUUUUAUCCUUUUGGACAAACCUUGGUUCUGGAACAUAGACGAAUGUUGGACUAAUUUCCCUAACCAGAUGAUCUCUGCAGAAGUGUGGUGGUACUACACUAUUCACAUGAGCGUUUACAUGUCGCACAUUUGUAGCCAAGUAUUGCAUCGGAAGCGCAAUGAUUUUGUGGAAAUGUUUAUUCAUCAUGUGGUCACAGUACUUUUGAUGGCAUUAUCAUGGGUGAGCAAUACUGUCCGCAUCGGUACAUUAGUACUCGUUGUCCAUGAUAGCGCCGACAUUUUCAUGGAAGCAGCUCGGAUAGCCAAAUUUCUAAAAUACCCAAGAAUAUGCAAUCUUUGCUUUGGAUUGUUUUUUAUUAGUUGGAUUGUUUCUCGACUAGGAAUCUUUCCAUUCCAUAUCCUCAAUAACAUAUGGUUUGACGCACCCAUUGAAAUUUAUGGUUCUCCUAUUAUUUCAUCUUUAAUUCUCUUGCUGCACACUUUGCUUGGAUUGCACCUAUUUUGGACGUAUUUAAUUCUAAGAAUUCUCUAUACGUUUCUCGUGUAUGGAAAGUUAGUGGACGACUCGCGCAGCACUCCCACCGAGCUUGUUGAGGACCAUAACUCAAAUGGGAAGAAAGCCAACUGACGGAACAUCGUCCAUGUUUUCAGUGCUUUCUUGAAGAGCAAUUUUACGUCGAACAUCACUUAGCUUACUGCAUUGUUAGUACGCAUGUGUACACGAAAACAUCGUGCCUGAGAUAGCGGUAAAGACGCCAACUUAAAAGGUAAUAAAUAACAAAUACGAAGCGAGUGUAUUUUGAACUGUAAAAAUGUACCACGCAAAGGAAACCUCUCUUAAUGGUGAACAAAGAUCACUAAUGAUUUGUUUGCAUUUAUCUUUGGUGUAGUGAAACCUAAUAAGUAGUUGAGAUAGGGUCAUUAAAAAUAAUGUGUACACAAGGUGAUUGAAUGAACGAGAGAAAAAAAAACGGAUGAAAUUUCCGGUGUGCUUCUGGAAAUAAUUUACAAACUAAACAGACAUUUGGGGUAAAAAGACAGCUCUA